AUGAGCCGCGAUGCGCCUGUGCCGAGAAUCAUGGAGCCGGACACUGUAGAGGCGCUGUCGUCGCGCCGGCUAGCUGCACAAGCAGCGCGGAUGCAGUACCGCAACCGCCCCGUCUCGGUCGCAGUCCACCCGGUUUCGCUGGUUAUAUCCGAGUGCAUCUCCAUCACUUCGGCCAUUCAGAAAUAUGCGCGGUCCCAGCACUCGUCCGUCUCUGCCAUCCUGGGCGGUACGCCCAACCCGGUACAGCUCGGUCCGCCCUCGCCGGGGUUGAGGAUGAGCCGCGGCGGCAAGGACGGAGCAACUAGGGGCGCUGGAGGAAAGGGAAUUCUGGGCGACGCGAACGAGUUCGGGCCGGCCAACCGAUGGGGCUUGAGGGGCAAAAAGGGGAAGAGCAUGGCUGACAACCCCCUGAUAUCAGGGUUUGCAAGACUACGCAAUGAGCUUGCUGGCGUCAAAGACAUUCACGAGUUCGACUCCCUAACUCUUCUAUACCCGUUCCUCCAAAUCAUUCAGACAAAGGGAACAGCCGCCCCGAUUACGAUCCUGGCAUUGCGAGCCAUCCGAAAGUUCCUUGCCUAUGGCUUCAUAUCACCUGAGUCUCCGCGCUUUGCCCUAGCCAUGCAAUCUCUCUCGGCUGCCAUCACCCACUGUCAGUUUGACAUCAGUGAUUCGGCUCAGGAGGAGGUGGUUCUCUUGAUGAUAUUGCACCUCAUGGAAGAUAUGCUGUCGGGACCUGGUGGAGACAUACUGAGCGACGAGAGUGUAUGCGAUAUGAUGGGCCGGGGUUUGACCAUUUGCUCCCGCGCAAGAUUCUCCGAGGUCCUCAGACGCACCGCCGAAGACACCAUGAUUCGCAUGUGUCAAAUUAUCUUUGAAGAUUUGAAGCACUUGGAGGAAGAAGCUGGGGAAGAGAGCGACGCUCUCGAUAGAAAGACCAACGGCGACAUGGACAACGUCAAGAUGGACCCUGCAGCGGACGGUACCGCUGUCCCAAAGUUGGCUCAGCCAGUCCUCUCUGCAGACCCGCGACCUUCGGAUAGUUUUGAGAAAUCUAGAAGUGAUGGCGAAUCUGUCUCAGCUGUCGUUGCAGACGGUGCAACCGUGGAGACAACACCGCUGCUUGAUACGACUAUCCACAAUGAGGGCACCGCAGGCGCGACAGAUCCAGCAUCAGAAACCACUCAACGGGCAGACCAAAGUGGGACGGAAGGACUGACAGGAGAGACAGAUGCUAGUCGCCCAAGCACAAGCACGACAGCCUCUGAACGCAGCGAGGAAACAGAAUCUGUUGACCUGAGGCCCUACUCCUUACCGUCUGUCAGAGAGCUAUUUCGGGUUCUCGUCAAUUUCCUUGAUCCGAACGACCGGAAACAGCCAGAUGCUAUGAAAGUGAUGGCUCUGCGCAUCAUCCACGUGGCGCUGGAAGUUGCCGGCCCAUCAAUCGCUAGACAUCCCGCACUGGCGACCAUUGCCGAGGAUCGCCUCUGCUGUUUUCUCUUUCAGCUUGUUCGAUCUGACAACAUGGUUAUUCUACAAGAAUCCUUGAUCGUUGCGGGAACUUUACUGUCCACCUGCCGCGGUGUUCUCAAGUUGCAGCAGGAACUAUACCUCUCAUAUCUCGUUGCCUGCCUUCAUCCCGCGGUCGAAAUCCCCAAGGAAGCCAACAUUGACCCAUCACUGUACGCUGGCAUCCCACAGUCACCGAAGCUUGUUAAGCCAGCAGCCUCUCAACAGCCACCAAGCAGCGGUAGGUCCACGCCUGUGCCCAUCAAGGACCGACAAAAACUAGGUCUGGAAGGCGGCGCGCGGAAGCCAGAUGCCAGGCAAGCCAUGGUUGAGAACAUUGGGGUCUUGGCUAGAGUACCGACAUUCAUGGUUGAGUUGUUCGUCAACUAUGACUGUGAUGAAAACCGCGCUGAUUUGUGCGAGGACAUGAUCGGCUUGCUCUCACGCAAUGCACUUCCCGACUCGGCGACGUGGAGUACUACGAGUGUACCUCCGCUCUGCCUGGAUGCUCUCUUGCGUUUCAUAUCGUUCAUAGCUGAACGGUUGGACGAGCCUGCAAACCACGAAGGAUUUCCUCACCCCGCAGCGCUGAGAGAACAAAGGAGGAAAAAACGCAUCAUUAUCCGUGGAACCGGCAAAUUCAACGAGAGCCCUAAGGGAGGCUUGGCAUACUUGCAGGACAAGGGCAUCAUUAAGGAUAUCAAGGAUAACAGAGAAGUCGCCCAUUUCCUCAGAAGCACGACGAGGGUGUCCAAGGCCGUUCUGGGAGAGUUUUUGGCCAAAAAGGGGAACGAGGGCCUUCUCAACGAGUUUCUUGAUACGUUCGACUUUAGUGGCAAGCGUGUUGACGAGGCACUGCGACAGAUGCUUGAGACGUUCCGUUUGCCCGGCGAAUCGGCUCUGAUCGAGAGAAUCGUCCAGAUAUUCUGCAAGAAGUACUACAGCAACGCAAAUCAGGAUGUGGCGGACGAAGACGCGGUAUACGUGCUAAGUUAUGCCAUCAUUAUGCUCAACACCGAUCAGCACAAUCCAAACCUCAAAUCGGAGAAGCGUAUGACAUGCGAGAACUUUGCCCGCAAUCUCCGUGGCACAAACGGCGGCAAAGACUUUGCCCCUGAGUACUUGCAGGCCAUUUUCGAGGCCAUCAAGUACAACGAGAUCAUUCUUCCCGAUGAGCAUGACAACAAGCAUGCAUUUGACUAUGCCUGGAGAGAACUUCUCUCCAAGACCGAGUCGGCCGGCCCUCUCAUUGAGUGCAAUACAAACAUUUACGAUGCCGAUAUGUUUGCAGCCACGUGGAAGCCGAUAGUUGCGACUCUAUCAUAUGUAUUCAUGUCCGCUACAGACGAUACCGUAUUUGGCAGGGUCGUCGCUGGCUUUGACGAGUGUGCCCGUAUUGCCUCGGCAUACGGUAUAACGGAAGCCCACGACCAAAUCAUCUACUGCUUGAGUCACAUGACGACCCUGGGCAACGAGACUCUGGCCAACACCAGUCUGAACACAGAGGUCCAGGUUUCUGGCAACAGCGUCAUGGUCAGCGAACUGGCCGUCAAGCUAGGCCGCGAUUUCCGGGCGCAGCUAGCCACCCUGGUUCUUUUCCGUGUUCUUCGCCAGAGCGAGCAUGUUGUGAGGAAGAGCUGGAGAUAUAUCAUCCGUAUAUGGCUGAACUUAUUCGUCAACUCGCUCAUCCCACCCUUCUUUUCGAACGAUCCAGAGCGGUUGGCAGGCUUGCCGCCAAUCCCACUGCAAAGCCCAUCACAGGUCAUCAACCGUGGGGCAAAGCAGAACGACGCAGGGUUCUUCUCAGCCUUCACUUCGUACAUCUCUAGCUACGCUGCCGAUGAUCCACCGGAGCCUUCGGACGAGGAGCUAGAGAGCACACUAUGCACUGUUGACUGUGUGAACUCAUGCCACAUGGGCGACGUCUUUGCCAACGUCAACAAUCUUUCGGGCGAGGCCCUAGAAACCUUGGUAGACUCUUUGAUAGGCGAGAUUCCCGAAGACAGCGGGAUUGUGAUCACAGUUAAGGCCGAGAACAUUCCCCCGACGUCGCCUGCCAAUGGACCGAAACCUCACGAUGCGCCCAAAUAUGACCCGGCCAUGGUCUAUAUCAUGGAAUUUUGCACGGUUCUCGCGCUACGCGACGAUGAAUCCAUGAAGCUCAUCGGGAAGCGGGUCGUAGAUGCAUUGCAGGCUGUCCUCCGGGAUGCGUCACGCUACAGCCCCGUGCUCGUGGGCAGAACAUCAUUCUACCUUUUCAAGCUGCUCCAUGCCAGCUAUGACUAUGACUUUGUUCGCCCACCAGUGCUUCUCCAUGCCGUGUCGAGCUUUCCCAAAGAUACAUUGAUCAAGUGCGCUCAGAUUGUUCUACGGGGAAUUAAGUUUUGCAUAGAGAAGCCUGGUCCGUUGAGGAACGAAGUCAUGACAUCUCCAGACUUUUGGGCAAUCAUGGGCACUCUGGCUGGCAACGCAGAGGUUGCUCCGAUUGUCUUCGAAAUCUUGGAGAGCGGUGUUAGCGGCUCGCCCCCAGCCAUCAUUGCAGACAACUACCGCCCUGCGAUAGCGCUGCUCAACCAGUUUGCAAACGCUGCCAAUGUCGGUGCCAUCGCUGAGCAGAGGACAGCAGACCGGAGGCAGCGUAAGCCGCGGCCCGCCAAGCCUGAGAAAGCGAGCGAGAAUGCUGUUGUUCAGCGUGGCAUCAAAGCUAUCAACCUCAUAUAUGGCAUGACCUCUCGCAUACCUCACCUUAUGAAACAGUCGCACUUGGAGAAGAACGAAGCAUGGUCCGCCUACUGGCUGCCAAUUUUUGAGGCCCUGACGGCGCAGUGUACAAAUCCGUGCCGAGAGGUCCGUCAACUGGCCUUCUCCUCGCUGCAAAGGUCACUACUUUCGCCAGACAUCACGUCAAGUGACCACCACGAAUGGACCUCGAUAUUUGGAGAGGUUCUAUUCCCUCUCAUCCUACGACUGUUGAAGCCCGAGGUUUUUUCCACGGAUCGUGACGGCAUGAGUGAGACGAGAGUGCAGGCAGCCUCUUUACUUUGCAAGGUGUUUCUACAGUACCUUGUUCAACUGUCCGAGUGGGACGGAAUGCUUGAUCUUUGGCUCAAGAUCAUUGACAUUAUGGAUCGUCUGAUGAACAGCGGUCAAGGGGACAGUUUGGAGGAGGCAGUUCCGGAGAACCUCAAGAACGUGCUGCUCUUCAUGUCCAGUAGCGGGAUCCUUGUUCCUCCCAGUAGUGAUUCCUCAAAGGAGAAGCUCUGGGUUGAAACCUGGAAGCGGAUAGAUCGGUUCCUGCCAGAGCUGCGAAACGACCUUGCAUUAGACCAGCCCAGCAUUGGAGAGGCCAAUGAAACCGCGCCGCCUCCGGCCCCAGUACCGGUAGAAAAGGAAGCAGGGAAAAAGGAUUGA